AUGCUCGUCCAAUACUGGAGCCUAUUGCUGGCAUGCGGCACGCAACUCUGCGUGGCCGCGUCGCAGCAGCCACGGGCAGAAAGCCCAAUGUCGCAAUUGUCGUCGGUGCCUCCUUGUGCUUUGCCAUGCCUUCUGACCGCGAUAUCCGCCUCGAAGUGCUCUCCGACCGACAUGCAGUGCAUUUGCCACGAUGAUAAUUUGCAAAAAAAUGCAACUGCAUGCAUUUCCCAAUCAUGCAGUCUUUCAGACUCCCUCCACACCAAGAAUAUAACCCAGACGGCCUGCGGCGCCCCCGUUCGCAACAAGACGCAGCAAUACUACACGAUGUCGAUUAUUCUUGGUGUCCUCGCCAUCGCUCUUGUGCUUGUGCGCGUUGCUUUCAAGCAGUUCUGGAGCUCGAGGCGGGCACUUGGCCCCGACGAUAAGAUCAUCCUCUUGACCGUCGUGCUCCGCAUCUCCGGUACCGUCCUCAACAUCAAGGGCCUUGCCGACCACGGCCUGGGCAAGGAUGUGUGGACCAUGUCCGUCAGCGAGCUAAGUACGUUUGUCAUGUGGCUGUACAUCAUGGAAGUCUUGUACCUGGCAGAGCUGUCUAUGCUCAAGCUGAGUCUAUCGGCAUUUUAUCUCUGUGUGUUCCCCGGUACGGGCAUCCGACGGCUGUUAUGGGGGAUCUGCAUUCUCAAUGUCCUUUUUGGCGUCGUCUUUGUCACAGCGGCCAUUUUCCAGUGCACGCCAAUUCACUACUGGUGGACGCAGUACAGCGAGAACCCUGGACAGGGCCAUUGCAUCAACAUCAAUGCCAUGGGUUGGUCGAACGCCACUAUCAGUGUUUUGAUCGACAUCUUGAUGAUUGCCAUUCCCUUGAGCCAGAUUACGAAGCUGCAACUGCAUUGGAGAAAGAAGGUCGGCGUCGUCAUCAUGUUUCUGACUGGAACCUUCGUGACGGUUGUCUCUAUUCUCCGGCUUCGAUCUCUGGUCGGCUUCGCAAACUCCAACAACCCAACUUGGGAUCAAUGGGAGAUUGCCUAUUGGUCGACAAUCGAGGUCAACAUUGGAAUGAUUUGCACAUGUCUUCCUUCGCUGCGACUGCUGCUUUUGCGCCUAUUCCCGAAGUUGCUGGGGAACACGACGGCAUCGGGUCAGAGUGUCUCUUACGCGCAUGGAUCGCGUGGUGCAAAUGUCCUCCGCUCAGAAACAUCACUGGAAAGCCAUGGAAACGAGUUGACCGAUGUGGAUCACGCAAAGGGUAGUGACUGGCAGUCAAAUCUAACCAAGUCCCACGAUGGGCUGGUGAGGUCGGAGCAAGAGGGUACUCGGCGCUAG